AUGGAUAAUCUUAACACAUGUUUAAUGAUGCUGAAUGUUUAAAGCACGUAGGAGAGUGAAUGUCCAAAAGAUGAAUUGAAUGAUUCGAUAGAUCUAUAUAUGGACUCAAAGAUUAGUGCAAUUGAAAUUAGGAUUGUGAAAUAUUUGCACGGGAUGGGAAUUCAGACUAAAACUGAUCCAGGACAGAAGGAAUAACAAUAUUGGAAUUCAAAAAGGCUUGAGAGUAAUAAGAAAUUAGAACAGUUUUGGAGUGAUACCAACCUUCCAAUCAACUCUUCCUUAACUCGUUUAUUGAAGGGUCGUUAAUCUCAAACAUUUUAACAUUUUGGACAGAGUGGAAAAUCUGUUCAAGAUUUUGGAACUUACUGAAAUUCAAG